AUGAGCGCUGCAGAGGUGAAGAUGGCACUGACCAAAUGUCAGAACAGAGCCUGGAGACCAGAGGAGUCUGUUCACACACCCACGUCUCACAUCCGCACACCUCCACAUACACCCGCCGCCCCCCCUCCGCUGACCGCUGCUUUUCAACCCGGGGGCCACAAACGCCUCCCCUGUCACAUCUGCUCUCCUCGGCGGCCCCUGAUGCCAUCACAUGUUGUCCGUGGUAAUACCAGACCUAUGUUGUUAAUGAGCAGAGGCGCCUUUGUGGUGAACGCACUUAAACGGGCUCAGCCAUAA